AUGCCGCCAAAGAGCGCCGUGAAGAAGGUCGACAGCGCCGCCGCUACGGGCAAGCGCAAGAAACUGUCCUUUGCUGAGUCAACGGUGAAGGCGGCCGCGGCGGCGAUACAGACCACGCACGUCAACGUGCCGGUGAGGGCAGCAGCGAAACACGCCCCUCUGGCUGCUGCACCUCGCAAGAAGGGACAGAACGCCAAGAAGACCACAGCGACUACCAGCAGCGCCGCGAGGCAGCGGGCGGCUACAGACCUGAAGCGUAGCGGCAUCGUGAAGGCCAAGAGGGCUGAGGAGGAAGUGGCUGCACCACCGGUGCCGAGCGACGAGGAAAACUCGAGGGACGAUGAGGAUGACAUGCUGAACGGCGGCGCGGCUGUCGACUCGGACACGGAUGACCUUAGCGACAUGGCGGACCGCACCCCAUCGGACGACGAGCUGGGGGCCGGCAAGCAGGCAUCCUCCUCGGCGUCCCGUCAGCGCGACAGCAACGGCACCGUCGAGCCAUACCGUGCCGUGCGCCUGAGCUUUCUGCCGCCUGAGUUCCAAGAGCCGCAGCUCUACAAGUUUCUUAACCAGUUUGGGGCAACGGUGCUGAAUUGCUUCUGUGUGCGCAGCAAGCGCACCCAUCGAUCCCGCGGUAUUGCGUACGUUGAGUUCGACAAGGAGUCCGCUAUACCGCUUGUGGUGGAGGAAUGCAAUGGCAUGGUGCUGGGUGGCAAGGCCGUACGCGCGCGCGCCGUCACGAUGCGGCGCCGCAUGCCGUCGCGCCAGAUGGUCGACCGCCGCCGCGCGCUCGCCUACGCGUACAAGACAAGGGGUGCGCCACUGAAGCAGCACGACGUGCGUCGCAAGGGUCCUGUGGGCCUGCUCAUCAAGGCGGUGCGCACCGAGAAAAACAACAACAACUAUCUCAAGAGCCUCGGCAUCGACUUCCAGACGGACUUCUUCCAGUCUCAGCUGGCCACGCUGCCACCUGUUCUCCUGAAGAAGAAGCGAUCUCGGUCGAAGAAGUCGGAGAAGGGCACUGUCGCCACGGCCGGCAUGGCGAAGGCGGUCGUAAAAACAACUGACAUCGCGACGGUGGCAUCCAAGUCCAGCCCGAAGCGGGCGACUCGCAAGGCGCCCGCGACGAAGACUAAGUAA